AUGUCCUCCCUCCUCACAACCACCGCCUAUGCUACCCCCGACGACCUCCCCUGUGAGAUGAUCCUCUCAAUCCUCUGCCUCUGCACCAGUUAUGCCGAGCUCUUAAAACUCUCCUCGAUUUCAAAAACAUGGAGAAUGUCCUACAACUCCAUGAGGUCCACCAUCCUCGCCGCCGUUACAAAGAACAUUGUCGGCCCAGAUGCAUUCGACAACCUUGUCAUUGUGCUCCGUUACCAACACUACACGAUGCGCAACGGGCGCGGCUUGCUCGUCGUCGACUACCCGAAUGUCAAGGCCGCCAUGUCAAAGCGCCUCGUGUUCGACCCUGAUCACUGUGCGCUCGUCACCGAGAACCAAGCCCACUAUCAGCAAGCUUCAAAUAACUUCCAGCAUUCGCUCCCAUGGGAACACCAGCUCGACCUUAAGAUGUCCAGCCUCUGGGAAAAGAAGGAAAUCCCGGUGGCCUUGUUCUAUGAGAUGUGGGUUGCUGCAUUGAGGUUUGGCCUCGAGAGUAUCGCCGACUGGAGUAAGCAUGAGGAGAACAAGAAGCCGAUGGGUGCUGUGAAGUUCCUCGACUACAGGCUCGCGGCUCAGUGCAUGCUUGAUGGCAAGUUCGUUGCUGUUCCACGCUGGGCGAAGAGGGCCCAGGCGGUCUAUGAACUGGGUGGAUCCCAGAACUGCUUCUUCGACAUUCUGCUGAGGGCCUACGGGGCUGAGGGACAUUUGGUGCAGGCGGCGAAGUGUUCGUCUCAUUAUACCAGACUGGUUUCGACCGGUACUGGAGAUGGACACUUCUAUGAGUAUAGUUUUGUCGAGUUCUAUGAUUUUCUUUCUAAGAAUCCUUUGGAGAAGGUUAUCGAGAAGUAUGAUUUGGAUAGCGAUUGGCUCUGA